CCUGCCCGCAGGCCGCAGCACCAGCACGCACAAUACCCCCGCAAUAAAGAAGCUGCUGCCCUGCCGUUGCGUUGCGUCGCGUGGCGGGUGGCGCUCCCCUUCUCCCUCUCCCUCUCUCUCUCUUCGUCUUCCUCCCGAACCCCAAUAAAACCUCCCCGCCCUUUCCCUCCUAUCCCAUUUGUGCUGUGUGCUGCGCUCAUCACUGCCCCCCACCACGCCUCCCACUGCUCGAGGCCAGCUAAAGCAGCCAACCAGCCGUAGCCGCAGUUAAAGCCAACCGGCUACCUCGCCUCGCCUCGCCAUGGAAGGGGAGCCGCUCUCCUCUUCCGUUCCCGCCGCGCCCUGAGCAGGACCAAGCACCACUUAUCCCCCGUUACGUCACUGAAUCUGUACCCACGAGAGCACGUUGUAGCCAUGGCCUUUGCCGCGCUCUUUGUUGACUCGCUGUACUGCCCAGAGGAGCACCACGACCUGUUCCAGGAGCCGGCCGAGGAGCAGUGGCCGGAGCAGCAGCCACCGGUGGCUCUUGACGACGACCUGCCGGCGCUGUUCGAGGUGUUCAGGGGCAAGGAGGAGGUGCUGCUGCAGGAGGGAGGCGACGGGUACGGCGGCGACGCGAGGAGGCAGGCAGCGGUGGGGUGGGCGACGCGCGCGGCGGCCAGGCUGGGCUUCUCCGCCCUCACGGCCGCGCUCGCCGCCGCGUACCUCGACCGUUGCUUCCUCAGCGGCGGUGUGCUGCGGCUCGGGGACCAGCCGUGGAUGGCGCGGCUCGCCGCCGUGGCCUGCGUGGCGCUCGCCGCCAAGGUGGAGGAGACGCGGGUGCCCGUGCUCCUCGACCUCCAGCUCUGCGCCGCCGAGAGCGCCGGCGACGCCGACGUGUUCGAUGCCAAGACGGUGCGCCGGAUGGAGCUCCUCGUGCUCUCAGCGCUCGCUUGGCGGAUGCACCCCGUCACGCCCUUCUCCUUCCUCCACCCCGUCCUAGCCGCCGCGCGCCUGCGCCAGUGCGAGAGCGUCCUGCUCGCGGUAAUGCCAGAUUGGAGCUGGCCACGGUACCGCCCGUCGGCGUGGGCUGCGGCGGCAUUGCUCGCGACGGCCGGCUACGGCAGUGGCGACGGCGACGCAGAGCUCUUGGCGCUCAUCAACGCCCCCGAGGAUGAGGUGGCGGAGUGCGUCAAGAUCCUCUCUGGGGAGGCGGCGGCGGGCUUCAUGGGCUUCGGCGGCGACAAUAAGCGCAAGCGCGCGGCAGCGGGGCUGCACUCGCCGCCGCUGAGCCCGAUCGGCGUGAUCGGCGCGGCGGCAUACUUCAGCUGCGAGAGCUCGUCCAGCAGCGCGGACUCACGGUCCGGCGCCGCCGCUGCGUGGCCGGGGUCAGUCUCCGUGUCCUCCUCCCCAGAGCCCCCCGGCCGGCCGCUCAAGCGCGCCACCGCCACGGUGUUGAUGCUUCCGCCGGACGAGGAGAGCCGCGACGCCUGGCGUUAGAUGCCAACUCCGCGCCACGGCGCCGGACUAGCUACUACCUAUAGCUCGCCGUAGAACAACAGCCGGCGAUCAGGGAAGGCCGUAAUGAGAAGCCGGCCAGGGGGGAGAAGUAAACAAGGUGUCAUUUUGCAAUGCGGCUGGAAAAGACGGUUCCUGUAGGGGGGAGGAGGUAGGGAAUUAGCCAUUGAUGGCUCUUGGAGUAGCAUUCUCAUGGAGGAGGGACAAGGUAGGCGGCAGGGCAAGUUUGCUCCAUCUCCGGCUUGCUCCCUCUCUACGACGGCGCCAUGAAUGCAAUUCCCCACUUCCCAUGAGCUCUAUCUACAUCUGCAUUGAUUAAUGCCCCCCUUGCUGGCUUCUCAUUUUAUCUAAAUAAAUGUGGAUAAACCUUGAUCACUUGUUCUCUCUGAUGAUGGUGCCUUGAUUGUGUGCUGCAUACUGCGUUGGCAUUAAAACUGAU